CACUGCACUACAUCAGAAAUGGGUUUGGUAGGUGACACUGCCUAGAAAUGCACAGUGGUGCAGCUACAAGGUGAGCUGACACGACACAACUGCACUCCCCGUUUCCUACACUGAGUGCCCAUAAGCCUGCUGCUUAUAACAUGUAUUCACCCUGCACGGUGCAUGGACUUAGAGGUUAUAUUCACCUAGCAGCCAUUUGUUAAUGUGAGCUUACACUAAGAUGCAAAGAAAGAAAGACCUCAUUGCCAGGGGGCAGUGCUUAUUCCCGACCCCUCUCGCAGGUGACUUUAGGAGAGAAAGAACAAUCUUUAAUGGCGACCUUAACACUCCUUAUAUAAGCCUCCUGUGUGCCCAUAUGGUGAAAUCUUACUCUCAGGAGUAAACGUGCCUUCAAGUAAUUGCAGUGAGUAACGUGGAGCUGUGGAACAGCCCUUAUUUAUUACACAGUGCAGCAUUCAUGGCUCAGUAGCUCUUUGAGUCCCGACGAAAGAGCAGCUUGUUCUCCCUACACCUGCGGCACUGCAGGUAUUUCCUCUGCUUGGUUCCCCUCUGCGCAGAGCAGUGUUCUUACAGCAAGCAGAAGGACACAGGCAAUGCAGUGUAACCCAGGAGGCAGGCCCAGCCCACUGUGUCCUUAGGGACCAUCUGCUUGCCAGGGCAACCGGCUGCACAUCUCACUCCUUCAACAAAACACCAGUGUGUGGAAAGCACAGCUCAAAAUUCCUUGUGGAUCCGAGGUGUUUGGUAAGAGUGCAGGAGACUUGGCUGAACACAGCUGGGAGCAUCACCAAAGCAGUGCUGGGCAUAGAGCAGGCGCCCAGGUUUCUCCUUGGAUAUCCUUACAGAUGCUAUGGGCAGAAUGAAAGCCAAUAGCGAAACCUCCUUCUUUGGGGGAUCAACCAAUGUGGUUUACCAAGCCCAUCACGUCAGCAGGAGUAAGCGAGGACAAGUUGUCGGUACCAGGGGUGGAUUCCGUGGCUGCACAGUUUGGCUAACAGGCCUUUCUGGAGCCGGUAAGACAACCAUUGGCUUUGCUCUGGAAGAGUACUUGGUCUCUCAUGGCAUCCCCUGCUAUUCCCUGGACGGCGAUAAUGUUCGGCAUGGCUUGAAUAAAAACCUGGGCUUCUCAGCUGGAGACCGCGAGGAGAAUAUCCGCCGCAUCGCAGAGGUGGCCAGGCUGUUUGCUGACGCCGGGCUUGUCUGCAUAACUAGCUUCAUUUCUCCUUUCUCAAAGGACCGUCAGAAUGCACGGAAAAUUCACGAGGCUGCUGGGUUGCCUUUCUUUGAAAUCUUUGUGGAUGCUCCUCUAAAUAUUUGUGAAAGCAGAGAUGUGAAGGGCCUGUACAAAAAGGCAAGAGCCGGAGAGAUCAAAGGAUUCACGGGGAUUGACUCAGACUAUGAGAAGCCCGAAUCUCCUGAACUGGUGCUGAAGACAAACAUUGCCUCAGUGUCGGAAUGCAUCCAGCAGGUCGUGGAGCUCCUGCAAACACAAAACAUUGUGCCCUGCGCUUCAGUUAAAGACGUUUUGGAGCUAUUUGUACCCCAGGAUAAACUUGAUGCUGCCCGAGCUGAAGCAAACGCGCUGCCAUCCGUGGAGAUCACAAAGCUGGAUCUGCAGUGGGUACAAGUGCUGAGCGAAGGCUGGGCCACGCCACUGAAGGGCUUCAUGCGCGAGGCAGAGUACCUGCAGGUCAUCCAUUUCGGCACGCUGCUGAACGGAAAGAAUCCCUCUAUAGCUGACGGUGUCGUCAACCUGAGCAUCCCUAUUGUGCUCCCAGUCUCAACGGAGGACAAGCAGCGGCUGGAGGGCUGCACGGCACUGGCGCUCAGCUACGCGGGUCGCAGGGUGGCCAUCCUCAGGGACCCUGAGUACUUUGAGCACAGGAAGGAGGAGCGCUGUGCCCGCGUCUGGGGCACCACCUGUGCCAAGCACCCGCACGUCAAGAUGGUGAUGGAGAGUGGAGACUGGCUGGUGGGGGGAGACCUCGUCGUGCUGGAAAAGAUCCGUUGGAAUGAUGGCCUGGACCAGUACCGCUUGACACCGCUCCAGCUCAAGCAGAAGUUCAGAGAAAUGAAUGCUGAUGCUGUUUUUGCAUUCCAGCUGCGCAACCCCGUGCACAAUGGGCAUGCCCUGCUCAUGCAGGACACACGGCGCCAGCUCCUGCAGAGGGGCUACAAAAACCCCGUGCUGCUCCUGCACCCCCUGGGCGGGUGGACCAAGGAUGACGACGUCCCGCUGGAGUGGCGGAUGAAGCAGCACGCGGCGGUGCUCGAGGAGCACGUCCUGGACCCCAAAUCCACGAUUGUUGCCAUCUUCCCUUCUCCCAUGCUCUACGCCGGUCCCACGGAGGUGCAGUGGCACUGCCGGGCUCGCAUGAUCGCAGGCGCCAAUUUCUACAUCGUGGGGCGUGAUCCUGCGGGCAUGCCUCACCCUGAGACCAAGAAGGACCUGUAUGAGCCCACGCAGGGAGGGAAGGUGCUCAGCAUGGCGCCGGGCCUGACGUCAGUGGAGAUCAUCCCGUUCCGUGUAGCGGCUUACAACAAAGUGAAGCGAGCUAUGGAUUUUUAUGAUCCAAAAAGACACGAUGACUUUGACUUCAUCUCAGGAACGCGCAUGAGGAAGCUCGCUCGCGAAGGGGAAAACCCACCCGAUGGCUUCAUGGCCCCCAAGGCUUGGAAAGUGCUGACUGAGUACUACCAGUCUCUGGAAAAAAAGAAUUAACUCUGCUUCUCCUCCUAGGAAUACUUGUAUUAAGAGUGAGCGAUGAUUGAUUGAUUCCCUAUGAUAGAGAUCAGCUACAUGGCAUUUUCACUAUUCUGACUUGUGGGACUUUCCUGCCCGGAUCAGAGUAGUUUUUAAUAAUCAGAAAUACUUUGAACUGACUGAGUCCUCCUCCCCUCAGAGCUGGAGGAGGAGGGCAGCCGGCCCUUUGCUUCCAGGCUGGUGCAGCUCCAGGAUGCCUGCUGCAGUGUUGGAUGGGGCCAGCUGGCUCGUUUGGUGCUGCUGGAGACACUGGGGCUGAUCUGUGCACCUGCAUGGAGCAGAAGCAAUGAAGUGUCCUGCCUUUACUCCUUGCCCAGUGCUGCCCCAAGAGAAGGGAGCAAGGAGUGGUUGCUGCUGGCCCUCAGUGCUCGGAUCCAUUUGCUGCUCUUGAGGUCGUGCCUUAGACAACGUUUGCUAACAGUGAGACUUUCUAGUGCCUUUUUAUGAACAGCACACAAGCACCAGUGCCUUCCACACUCACACAGGCCCUCUGGCAGGGACCUGGUAGAUAAAAGCAAGAUGCCAAUGUUUAAUUGCAACGUUGGCCAUUUUGACGCAGCAGUUAAAGCUGUUGUCUCUCAUCCCAAAAGAAUCAAGCAAUGCAAGACAAUGUGUUUAAUCCAGACGGUCACAGCAAAAGGCGAUUGUUGUAUUGUUCUUUUUAAAAUAGCAUCAUAUGCCAAUUACCUCUGAUUAAAAUCAUGUGGACUAGGGUUUUUUUUAGUGUAUUUAUUAAAGACAUGAGACUAGAAUUUGUACCUCAGCGGAUGCAUCUCCUGAUCUAAUAUAUUCUGACCUUGAUACUCUGAGACACUCACUUUUAGUACAAAUAAAUAUUUAUAUGUGUAAAGCAA